AUGGGAAGCGCUGUACAGGACGCCAAGAUGACUUCCAAGGCCGCAGUUGUCAAAGAUGUCGACCUCAGUCAGAUCUACUCAGAAAGCGUAGCAGCAAAGAUCAUACAAGUCGCGCAACGCGGUCUCAAACAACCGGCUCCCUUACCGUCAUACCCACACACCGUACCCCAGAUCGGUCCAGACGCCGGCCGAUAUGAAGAGCGAGAAGCAGACUUCUGGACAUGCGGCUUCUUCCCAGGAUGCUUAUAUGCUCUUCUCGAGCGCUCAAUACGAUACCCUCAGGCCAUUGAUGUCCCGGAAAAUGUGCGGCCACAAAUCCAGGACCAACUGCUCAAACUGGGUCGACACUAUGGCGUCGCUAUCAACCAGAUGUCGGGUCGAACAGAUACCCACGACAUGGGCUUCAUCGUACAGCCUGCGUUACAAAAAGACUGGGAGUUGACUGGGAACAAAGAGAGCUUACAAUCUGUCAUCAACGCAGCGUACGCGCUCGCAUCGCGAUACGACGACCGGGUGAAAGCGAUUCGGAGUUGGGAUGUUGCGAUCAACGAUCGUUACUCAAUAACGGACAUGUCCACAAACUUCCUUGUCAUCAUAGAUAGCAUGUGCAACCUCGACCUCCUCUACUUCGUCGGCCACAUCCAAAACGACCAAAAGCUAAUCGACAUCGCAACCCAACACGCCGACUCCAUCAUCCACGAAAUUCUGCGACCAGACUUCUCCUCCUACCACCUCGUAAACUUCGACCCGCGGACCGGUCAACCACAAGCCAAGAUGACGAAUCAGGGUUGGAAAGACGAUUCGACGUGGAGUCGAGGUCAAGCCUGGGCGAUAAUGGGUUUUGCGCAGACGUAUUCGUGGACGAAGGAUAUCAAGUACUUGGCGACAGCGAUCCAAUGUGCAGAAUACUUCUUGCGCAGAUUGAAAGAAGGAGAGGGGAAGUGGCAUCACCCCAUGGUCCCGUGUUGGGAUUUCGACGCGCCACAAGAUCAUCCUGAAGAACCGCUACGCGAUGUCUCCGCAGGCGUGAUAACAGCGAACGGUCUUCUUAUCAUCCACCAAGCACUCCAAUCCCUCUCUUCAGCCACGGUAUCGCAACUCCCUUCUAGCAACGCCACCAAUUUCCUCGACGUCGCACUGCAGAUCGUAUCCCAGACUCUAGAUAUGUCGUACGACUCUGAUCUAGCGUCUUUUGAACUCCCCACCAAGGCCAUGGUCAAUGGGAACAGCGUGAACGGCGCAGUGGUAGCAUCAGAGCUCAAGAUCAAAAAAUCAGGGUUCGAGUGUAUACUAAGGAACAGCACGACGAAUUGGAACGAACAUGCGCAUAUGAAGUAUGCGGAUCAUGGGUUGGUGUAUGCGGAUUACUACCUUUUGGAAUUCGGGAAUAAGCUUUUGAGGGCGGGGUUGCUGUGA